GUACACAAAGGCCUUAGAAGAGCGGCUGCAGGUAGGAGCGAGUCUCUGGGAAUAAGGGAGAUUGUUUGGGAGUGGGGAUUCAACACCGACUGAGGGACUUCAGACACCGUGACCCGCAAUCCCGGGACAGUCCUGCUCUCUUCCCUCUCUCUCAGCCCCACCAUCCGUACACGGGCCCCGGGGAGCUUCCGGCUGAUGAGGGAAUGGGAACCGAUGGAUCUCUCAGACAGAGCUGAGCUCCAGCUGUCUAAUUGCAAGGAUCGGGAACUCGGAGAAAGGGAACAAAAUCUUUUACAUCAGCUGUUGAGAAAAUCACCUUUGUUCUGCCUCCAGUCACAAACAAGAGAAAAUCUGCAGAGAGGGCAUAGUCUUAAGGCGCUUGGAAGCAGGUUAAAAAUUACAAGGAAUUUGUCUACGGGAAUCUCGAACACAACACGCCAGUUUAGCUGUCUCUGUCCAGAUAUUUAAGAAGUGGAGCAAGGGAGUCACUCAAUUAUACUUCCUGCUUAGACUGUGGAGAGGAAGUCACUCGGUCAUCUGACCGACUGGCACGCCUGUCAUUUUACACGGGGGAGACCAUUUGUCUGCUCAGACAGUGGGAAUGGAUUCACUCAGUCAUUUCAACUGAAGGUACAUCAGCAAGUUCACACUGGACAAGGCCAUUCACCUCUUCUGUGUAUGAGAAGGGAUUCAGUCAGUCAUCCCACCUGUGGACACACCAGUCAGUUCACACUGAGCAGAGGCUAGUCAUCUGCUGAAUUUGAGGAGAAGGAUUUACUCGGUCAUUCGACCUAAUGGCUCACCAGCGAGUUCACACCAGGGAGCAGCUGUUCACCUGUUCAAAAUGUGGGAAGGGAUUCACUCAGUCAUCCACCCUAAUGGCACACCAGCGAGUUCACACUGGGGAGCGGCCGUUCACCUGCUCGGACUGUGGGAAAGGAUUCACUUGCUCAUCUAAUCUGAAGGUACAUCAGCGAGUUCACACUGGAGAGAGGCCGUUCUCCUGCUCAGACUGUGGGAAGGGAUUCACUCAGUCAUCCAAACUGAAGGUACAUCAGCGAGUUCACACCGGGGAGAGGCCGUUCACCUGCUCGGACUGCGGGAAGGGAUUCACUCGGUCAUCCGACCUGCUGGUACACAUGUCAGUUCACACUGGGGAGUGGCCAUUCACCUGCUCAGACUGCGGGAAGGGAUUUGCUCGGUCAUCUCAACUGAAGGUACAUCAGCGAGUUCACAAUGGGGAGAUGCCAUUCAGCUGUUCAGUCUGCGGGAAGAGAUUCACUUGGUCAUCCGACCUACUGGUACACAAGUCAGUUCACACUGGGGAGAGGCCAUUCACCUGUUCAGUUUGCGGGAAGGGAUUCACUUUGUCAUCUCAACUAAAGGUACAUGAGAGAGUUCACACUGGGGAGAGGCCGUUCACAUGCUCAGAGUGUGGGAAAGGAUUCACUCAGUCAUCCAGCCUACAAGCACACUGGUCUGUUCACACUGGGGAGCGGCCAUUCACCUGCUCAUACUGUGGGAAGCGAUUCGCUCAUUCAUCUCAACUGAAGGUACAUCAGCGAGUUCACACUGGAGAGAGGCCGUUCACAUGCUCAGACUGCGGGAUGGGAUUCACUCAGUCAUCCACCCUAAUGGCACACCAGCGAGUUCACACCGGGGAGAGGCCGUUCACCUGCUCAGUGUGUGGGAAGGGAUUCACUUGGCCAUCUCAACUGCAGAGACACCAGCAAGUUCACACUGGAAAGCUCACGGCGGCCGUCAGCCACAACAGAAUGAAACUGCCGGACACACUAAAGAGUAAAAUGAUGGAUUUCCGGCGGCUUUCCAUCUUCGGAUCCUUCUGUGAAGCCAGGUAUUGCAAGAACCAAUUCAAGAACAUGCCCCUGCCUCUGUUGAACGUAGCGCCGAGAAAACGUCGCGGAGCACCGAGCCGAAGCGUCCCGUCUGACGCCCAAUCUGGCCCGUCGUUGAAAACGUCCGAACAUCGCGUCGUUCCUCGCUUUCGGAGCCGGGCCCUGCUGCUUCGAUACUCUCUCCAGCCUAGUCUCACCGCCUCGAUUCUGCUCGUUCCGAUCUUUCCAAUUCGGCCCCACUUUAAAAUCGAUCAAAUCUCGGAUCGGUCCUCGCUGUCGGGCACGGGGCCGGGCUCUACCUCGCCUCCGCUCGCCUCUGUUCCGCCACAUCGAAUCGUCUCUAAGUCCGCGCCGGUAAUUGGCUCGUCCUCGGGUCUCCGACCCGGACCCCGACGGCUGGAUCCGGCUUUCAAGGCAGCAGCGUCCAGCGCUUUCGAGCUUUCAGAUCACACCGCAUUUAUGGAAUGUCAGGAGGCUUCCGGUGAAAUUCAGCGCAAAGGAUUUACUCGGUCAUCUGAACAAAUGGCACACCAGCAAGUUCACACCAGGGAGCGGCCAUUCACCUGUUCAGUCUGUGGGAAAGGAUUCAUUUGGUCAUCUCACCUACUGACACACCAGCGAGUUCACACUGGGAAGAAGCCAUUCACCUGCUCAGAAUGUGGGAAGAGAUUCACUUGGUCAUCUGACCUACAGAGACACCAUCGAGUUCACACUGGGGAGAAGCCAUUCGCUUGCUCAGUCUGUGGGAAGAGAUUCACUGAGUCAUCCAACCUAAUGGUACAUCAGCGAGUUCACACUGGAGAGAAGCCAUUCACCUGCUCAGUCUGUGGGAAGGGAUUCACUCAGUCAUCCAACCUACGGAGUCAUCAGCGAGUUCACACUGGGGAGAAGCCGUUCACCUGCUCAGUCUGUGGGAAGGGAUUCACACUGUCAUCCACCCUGCAGAGUCAUCAGCGAGUUCACACUGGAGAGAAGCCAUUCACCUGCUCAGAUUGUGGGAAAGGAUUCACUCAGUCAUCCCAACUACUGGCACACCAGUCAGUUCACACUGGGGAGUGGCCAUUCACCUGCUCAGUCUGUGAGAAGAGAUUCACUUACUCUUCCACCCUACAGAGACACCAGCGAGUCCACACUGGAGAGAAGCCGUUCACCUGCUCGGAAUGUGGGAAGAGAUUCACUAAGUCAUCUCACCUACAGAGUCAUCAGCGAGUUCACACUGGGGAGAAGCCAUUCACCUGCUCAGUCUGUGAGAAGAGAUUCACUUGGUCAUCCGACCUACAGAGUCAUCAGCGAGUUCACACUGGGGAGAAGCCGUUCACCUGCUCAGUCUGUGGGAACAGAUUCGCUCGAUCAUCCACCCUACAGAUUCACCAGCGAGUUCACACUGGGGAGAAGCCAUUCACCUGCUCAGUCUGUGGGAAGAGAUUCACUCAGUCAUCCACCCUACUGAGACAUCAGCGAGGUCACACUGGGGAGGUGGUUGAUUGCAUCGAUAAGGUUGGAAAAGGAGAACACUACAGUGAAAAGGCGGAAUCAUUAGAUGUUUCGACAAGUGGUACGAUGGCUUCGCGAUCAGGCACCGAGUCGCUUGCACUCAGCGCCGAGAGCAGUCGGACGUGGACAAGUGUGGCUGCCCUCGCAGGAGCUGAAGCAGAAGCCGCCAAGGUGCGAGCGUCAUACGCUAACCAAGAAGCAAAACUGAAAAUGGAAAAGGCUGCCGGAGAAGCGGAGAACCAGUUGGAAAAGAUUCAUUCUCCCUCUCCAUACUUGCCUGUUGGCGUCCCAUCUCGUGUGGAAUCACAGGGAAGCUUCGUUGCAUUGCGUCCACCUGGGGAAGACAACUCACAGUAUGAAAGGGCUGACUACGAAUUCUUCCCGACACCAAACUUACCAGAUCCACCGAGAUCAGAGAGAAAGGCUGAAGUCAGAACAUCAAAUCCCAUCAUGAACGUCCACGCUCAGUCAUAUGUCCCCCAACAUAUUCCCCCGGCUAGCACACCACCUGCAGCAGGACCCUUGGCACAGUAUUUAGCGCGACGAGACCUCGUCAAUUCAGGACAGUACCAGUUUGACGAUAAGGCUGAAAAUUACCGUGCGUGGUACUCCUCAUUCACCAGUGCCAGCGGUGGAGUCCAGCUCACAGCAACCCAAGAGUUGGACCUUAUGACUAAAUGGCUGGGAAAGGAAUCAGGUGAACAGGUGAAACGCAUACGCUCAGUGUCCGUCAGCAACCCAAAGCUAGCCUUACACAAAGCAUGGGAGAGACUGCGGGAGGGCUAUGCGGCUCCUGAAAAUAUUGAGAGGGCGUUAUUUCAACGGCUGGACAAUUUUGCUAGGGUAUCAGCCAAGGACCACACUAAAUUACGAGAACUCGGAGAUUUACUCGUGGAGAUUCAAGGUGCUGAGGAAGACCGCUCAGUGGCAUCUUUCCGAAAGGACGGCGGCCAAACCCGGGCGCAGGUUCUCCAAGUGCGGCGGCCUCGCCGACGACAUGUACAAUCGCGGCCUGAGAUCCCGUCUCCUGUAGCCGGUGCCCUGUCCGACGAUGGCAGUGAUCCCGACCCCCGGCUCCCCGAUCAAGGAGGCGAUCGUCCCUUCCCGAUCCCGCAGACGAUCCGCUUCAGCACUGAGCGGAAAAGCAAACGCCGACAAUCUGGCGACAGUGAGCAUGCGCAAAGGGGCUUGCGUCAUCCGGAGGGCGGGGCCUCGGGAGCAGACACGCUGCUGCCGCCCGUCUGCGUUUCUGGGAAAGGAUUCACUUAGUUAUCUGACCUAAUGGCUCACCAGCGAGUUCACACUGGGGAGAAACCGUUCACCUGCUCCGACUGUGGGAAGAGAUUCACUCACUCUUACACCCUACAGAGACACCAGCGAGUUCACACUGGGGAGAAACCGUUCACCUGCUUAGAAUGUGGGAAGCAAUUCACUCAGUUAUCCCACCUACAGAGACAUCAGCGUGUUCACACUGGGGAGAAGCCGUUCACCUGCUCAGAAUGUGGGAAGGGAUUCCCUCAGUCAUCCACCCUACAGAGACAUCAGCAAGUUCACACUGGGGAGAAGCCGUUCACCUGCUCAGUCUGUGGGAAGGGAUUCACUCAGUCAUCCAACCUACAGAAUCAUCAGCGAGUUCACACUGGGGAGAAGCCGUUCACCUGCUUAGAAUGUGGGAAGAGAUUCCCUCAGUUAUCCCACCUACAGAGUCAUCAGCGAGUUCACACUGGGGAGAAGCCAUUCACCUGCUCAGUCUGUGAGAAGAGAUUCACUCACUCAUCCAACCUACAGACACAUCAGCGAGUUCACACUGGGGAGAAGCCGUUCACCUGCUCAGUCUGUGGGAAGGGAUUCACUCAGUUGUCCCAACUACAGAGUCAUCAGCGAGUUUACACUGGGGAGAAGCCGUUCACCUGCUCAGAAUGUGGGAAAGGAUUCACUCAGUCAUUUAAACUACUGGCACACCAGUCAGUUCACAGUGGGGAGUGGCCAUUCACCUGCUCAGAAUGUGGGAAAGGAUUCACUCAGUCGUCCAAACUAAUGGCACACCAAUCAGUUCACACUGGAGAGAGGCCAUUCACCUGUUCAGACUGUGGGAAGGGUUUCACUUGGUCAUCCGACCUACAGAGUCAUCAGCGAGUUCACACUGGGGAGAAACUGUUCACCUGCUCAGACUGUGGGAAGGGAUUCACUAAGUCAUCCUACCUACAGAGACAUCAGCAAGUUCACACUGGGGAGAAGCCAUUCACCUGCUUAGAAUGUGGGAAGGGAUUCACUCAGUCAUCCCACCUACAGAGUCAUCAGCGAGUUCACACUGGGGAGAAGCCGUUCACCUGCUAAGAAUGUGGGAAGGGAUUCACUCAGUCAUCCACCCUACAGAGACAUCAGCAAGUUCACACUGGGGAGAAGCCGUUCACCUGCUCAGUUUGUGGGAAGAGAUUCACUCAGUCAUCCACCCUACAGAAUCAUCAGCGAGUUCACACUGGGGAGAAGCCAUUCACCUGCUGAGAAUGUGGGAAAGGAUUCACGCAGUCAUUCAAACUAAUGGCACACCAAUCAGUUCACACUGGAGAGAGGCCAUUCACCUGUUCAGACUGUGGGAAGGGUUUCACUCUGUCAUCCGACCAACAGAGUCAUCAGCGAGUUCACACUGGGGAGAAACCAUUCACCUGCUCAGACUGUGGGAAGGGAUUCACUCAGUUAUCCCACCUACAGAGUCAUCAGCGAGUUCACACUGGGGAGAAGCCAUUCACCUGCUUAGAAUGUGGGAAGGGAUUCACUCAGUCAUCCAAGCUACUGGCACACCAGUCAGUUCACAGUGGGGAGUGGCCAUUGUUAUGAAUCCCUAGAUUUUGUUUGCUGUGGACUGUCAUUUUGAGAGAGAGAGAGAUUAAGAAUGGAAAUCAGUCUGACUUGCAUCUUGUUUACAUUGCUCACAGCUUGUUUAGUUUUAACCACGGACACAGACACUCAGAGUCAGACGGAGAUGAAGGAGGAAAAAUGGAAGGAUUGGAACAAGGGAACGAGUGGCCAAGGGUCACUGUUUCGAACUUUCCUCUGCCCACAAGGGUGGGUUAAUUAUUGAUUCAGCAUACGUUGAAUGUGUGGUUGUCACCUCGUUUGAUCCAUAGGAGUGGAUCGGAUUUGGGGUAUCCUGUGAAGACCACUUAUGUGUUAACCCUUGCCUGGGUGUGGUGUGGAAAUUCAUUUGAAGACGAUACCCCUUGUGACAAGUCACUUUCGGUGAUAAUUUGUAUGUGGAUUUGGAACGACGACAGAUAAAAUCUACAGCGACUGUUCCCUCGUUUUACCACCAUGGAUGCUGUGGAAUUCAACGUUAUUGCCUUCUCUCGACAUUUACCCUGGAUUACAAAUAUCUCUCUCUCCUCAACUAUUCUGUGGUUGAACUGAACGUUCAUAGUUUACCAUCUCAAGACUCCAAGCCUUGUUUCCCCUGAGCUCAAUAGUUUGGGAGUUAUAUUUACCCACAUAUAUACACAUAACACUGUUAACUUUUGUUUAUCUUGCUUAAGUUACUGUAUUGUUAGUAGGUACUAAUAAAGAUAGUGGAUUUAAUAUCAGAAACAGACUCUAGAUGUAGUCUAUUGCUGCUGACUCAUUUCUAAAGUGUUGCGGGGACAAAAUUGGGGCCUGCAUCCGAUAUAGGAAAAGAUUUGGAGGCGUAUUGAUUAAUUAUCGAUUUCAUUGGAGAAAUCCCUUUUGAUUUAUUUGUGUGUGGAAAAUCAGCAGCAAUGGAUGUUGAUAGAUUUCUGGAAGCACCAACCUCUGAGGCAUUAAAGGACACCAGAAGGAUUGAGUUGUUGAGUAUUGCUAAAAGGUUAAAACUUGCUAAGGUGAAAUUGACAAUGAGGAGGUCACAGAUGCAGAGGAUAAUAGUUGAACAUUAUGUAUCUGAGGGUGUGUUUAAAGUGGAGGAGUUGGAGGUGUUUCCUGAAAGUAAACCUAGUGAGCUUGGCCUCCCGUACAAGUUAGAAAAAUUCAAGAUGGAGGCUGUGGAAAGGCAGAGGCAGGUUGAGGCUGGAGAGGCAGAAAAACAGGGAGGAAGCAGAAAGACAGAGGCUGUUCGAGCUGGAAAAGAUAGAGAGAUUGCAGCAAAGGGGUCUAGCAUUAGACUCUGGUGAUAAGUUUGAGGGCAGUCAGGAUGUUAAAUUGGUACCUCCAUUUGACGAUACAGAGGUUGAUAAAUACUUUCAGCAUUUUGAUAAGGUUGCUCAGAGUUUAAAGUGCCCAAAAGAGGGUUGGCCACAAAGUGUAAUUAAGGGGAAGGCUCAGCAAGCCUAUUCUGCUUUGACAGUUGAUGAAGCAGCUGAUUAUGAGAUGCUCAAACAGGCUGUGCUCAAAGCUUACGAGUUGGUCCCAGAAGCAUACAGGCAAAAGUUUAGAAGUUUGAGGAAAUCUGUGAACCGGACUUAUAUGGAAUUUGCUUAAGAGAAGUUUGUGUGUUUUGACCACUGGUGCACAUAUAAAAAUGUAAAUGAUGAUUUUAACAGCUUGAAAGAGUUGGUUUUAAUUGAAGAAUUCAAAAUGUGCGUCCCUGAUGACAUAAAGAUGUAAUUAAAUGAAAAGGAUGCUGCCACUUUGCAGGAGUCUGCUAGAUGAGCAGAUAAGUUUGCUUUAACUCAUAAGGUUAAGUUCACCCAGAAUAAGAGCUUCCAAAAGAGUAGCAGGGAUAACCAGGGUAAACCAGAAAUUAAAGCUGGGACUAGUGAUGAGAUGGAGGAUGAAGGGAAGCAGUUGAAGGAGAAAUAUUCUGGUCUUCUUUGUUACUAUUGUAAGAAAGCUGGUCAUAUGGUGGCUAAUUGUUCUGUCCUGAAGAAGAAAAAGGAAAAGGAGGCAGUCCCACAUGCCUGUGAUCAGUAUGUUGAAGCACCUAUAAACCUGCAGGGUUCUGAACAUUCUGUUGAGGCUCAGUUAAGGACUGAGAGGUCUGACUGAGUUAAGAAGGGAUUCGAUCAUUUUAUGUCAGAUGGUUUGUAUUAGUAAUGGAAGGGUCAACACCGGUACCAGUGAAAAUUCUUCGAGAUACUGGGACUUCUCAGUCACUUAUAUUAGUUCGGUGAUGAGACUGACACUGGUGAGGUAAAUCUUAUUAAAGGCAUUGGGGGCAGCAUUGUUUCUGUGCCAUUGCACAAGGUAACUUUACAGUCAGGGUUGGUUUCGGGACCUGUUAGGAUUGGAUUAUGCUCCAGUUUACUGGUGGAAGAUGUUACUUUGCUGUUAGGGAAUGACAUGGCAGAUGGUAAAGUUGUUCCUGCAGUGUAGUUGACAACUAAGCCAACCACUGACGACCCACAGAUGGAUUUUAACAUUUAUCGCAGUAACUCGAAGUAUGACUAAAAGGUCUGCCAAUGCAGAGGGUUCUGUGCAGCAUGAUUCUGAUACCCAUGAUAGCCAAAAUCAUGUUGACCAGAAUUCAGUUUAUGAUGACUUGUCAGGGACUUUUCAGCCUUCAUUGUUUCAACAGGAUUCAGGUAGUAAGUCUGAUGAGAAAGAUUUAUCCCUGUCUAGGAAGGAGUUUAUAGCAGAACAGAACCUAGACUGAGUUUGAAGCUUUAUAAGAAACAUCUCUCUCAGAUGAUGAGAUUAAGAAAGUGCCAGUAGGGUAUUAUCUCAAGGAUGGAGUGUUAAUGAGGAAGUGGAGGCCACCUGCUAUACCUGCAAGUGAGGAAUGGGCAAUUGUUCACCAAGUUGCAGUUCCUAAAGUUCAUUGGACUGAAAUUUUAACUUUGGCCCACAGCAUGCCCUUAGGUGGCCAUUUUGGAGUGAAGAAAACUGUAAACAGGAUUAUGAAAGAAUUUUACUGGCCUAAUUUGAGGAAAGAUAUUGUGACCUUUUGCAGAACCUGUCACACUUCUCAAGUUGUGGGUAAACCUAAUCAGGUCACCCCAGUGGCCCCACUCCGGCCUAUACCUGCAUUCGGUGAACCCUUUUCCAAAUUUAUAGUGGAUUGUGUUGGCCCAUUGCCAAAGACUAAAACUGUCCAUCAGUAUUUGCUAACUAUUAUGUGUACUGCAUCCAGAUUCCCAGAGGCAAUACCUCUCAGAAAUAUUAAAGCUAAAACUGGCGAAGGCUCUAACAAGUUUUUUACUUUAUUUGGUUUGCCUUAAGAAAUCCAGUCUGAUCAAGGAAGUAAUUUUACAUCUGGAUUAUUCCAGCAGGUAGUUUAUGAACUGGGAGCUAAACAAAUUACAUUGUCUGCGUACCAUCCGGAAUCACAAGUGGCUUUAGAAAGAUUUAAUUCUACUGUCAAAACAAUGAUUAAGACAUGCUGUGUUGAAAAUGGAAAAGACUGGGAUGAAGGAAUACAUUUGCUUUUGUUCACUGUAAAGGCUGAUUUAUACUUGUGCAUUCGGGAUAUGCCAUAUCCUACACCGUAGGCCCGAUUUAAUUUUUGCGUAGCCCUACGCCGUAGCGAGCAUGCGUAGUUGUGUCUGCAUCGCUAUGCACGUCACCACCAAAACGCAAGUUGGCAGUGGGGUAUCUCUGACACUGUUGAGCUUCAUUGUGAGAGACAUGGACGAGUAAAUGCAUUUCAAAUAUUUUCCCAUGUCGGCAGGUAGAUUUGACGAUUUGGUUCAUUGUCUCCAACCAUUUAUUUCACAUCAGUGUACAGACAUGGCAGAGAAAAGCAACCGGAAAUGCGAUGCUACCAAGCGGACCAAUCACAGUUGUUGCAGUCUGCGUCGCCGCGACGCGUGAGUUACUUUUUUGAGGAGGUGCAAGUUACCCUGCGGCGUAGGGUACAGCGUGGGUACGGCGUAGGGUACGUCGUGCCUAUGGCGUACACUUGCCGCACAAGUAUAAAUCAGGCUUAAGAGAGUCGGUACAGGAGUCACUGGGCUUUAGUCCAUCUGAACUUGUAUUUGGUCAUGGAGUGAGAGGACCUUUGACCUUGUUAAAGGAACAGUGGAUUGAGGGGGAUGUAUAUGUUAACUUGUUAGACUAUGUUUUGAAGUUUAAAAAUAAACUACACCAAGCCUGUCGUCUAGCGAGACAAAACUUAAAGAUUUCUCAAAACAAAAUGAAGUGUUGGUUUGAUAACCAGACCAAAACAAAAGAAAAUACAAGGUGGGGGAUAAUGUGCUUGCCUUAUCUCCAAUGUUGAUGAAUCCACUUCAGGCGAAAUUCAAUGGACUGUAUGAAAUAUUCUCUCAAAUUAAUGAUGUGAAUUAUGAUAUUAAAACACACGACUGACGUAAACUAACACGGGUGGUACACAUCAAUAUGAUAAAGCCUUAUUCUGACAAGCAGGCACCAUCGGUGAGUGUUGUCAAACAUAUCAAUCUGACAACCCUGAGAAUGAAACAAUUGACUCGUCUGAAACUUUUCACAAGCCAAACAUGGUCCCGGUUAGGCUAAUGAACUCGGUUGUUCUCAAAAACAUUGACAACAAGUUGGCUCAUCUGCAGCCAAAGCAACAAUAACAGCUGAAGGAAUUAAUUCUGAAGUUUAAAGAUUUAUUUCCCGAUGUUCCCAGGCAAACCACAGUCGCAGUACAUGACGUAGAUAUUGGUCAAGCCAACCCGAUUAAACAACACCCAUAUCGCUGAAUGUAGAGAAGUGUAAAUUGGCUGAGCAAGAAAUUGAAUAUAUGCUGGAAAAUAGUAUUAUUAGGCCUUCAACAUCAGAUUGGAGCUCACCCUGCGUUAUUGUGCCCAAACCUGAUGGUAGUGUUAGAUUUUGUACUGAUUAUAGGAAGGUAAAUGCAGUAACAAAAACAGAUGCCUAUCCUAUCCCUCGGGUGGAUGAUUGCAUCGAUAAGGUUGGAAAAGGUAAUUUCUUACAAAGAUUGAUCUGUUGAAAGGGUAUUGGUGUGUUCCA